AUGAGUCGUUGGAUACAAGAAGGUGACAAUGUGGAUAUUACGAAUGAGCGUAAGAAAGGAACGUUUGAUACAGAGAGACUAUCUGCGUGGAUUCAUGGAGGAACUGAUGUUUUGAAACGUCGUCGUGAAAUCUUGGAGUUUGUGAAAUCAGUUGAUGACUUCAAAGAUCCAGUGCCAAUCGAGUUCUUGUCUCGUGAAGAACGAAUUCUCAAUAAUGCUCGGAAAGUUGUAGCAAUGACGGAUAACACCGACCAGAUUGAUGGAUCUGACUUUUUUGGAGAAGGAAUGUAUUAUCAAGCAUUGACAAUGGGACGUGAUUUACACGCUAUGUCUCUUCACUACGUCAUGUUUAUUCCAACUCUGCAAGGACAAACUGAUGAUGAGCAACUGGACGAAUGGCUGACCAAAGCGAUUUCACGUGCAGUUGUGGGAACUUAUGCCCAAACUGAAUUAGGACAUGGUACCAAUCUGUCAAAACUUGAGACCACUGCCACUUAUGAUCCGGCUACAGAGGAGUUUGUUUUGAAUUCUCCAACAAUCACCGCCGCAAAAUGGUGGCCAGGUGGCUUGGGAAAGUCGUCUAACUACGCUGUGGUCGUCGCACAACUUUACACAAAAGGAGAAUGCAAAGGACCGCAUCCGUUUAUUGUACAGCUUCGUGAAGAUGAUACCCAUCUUCCAUUGAAGGGGAUUCGUUUGGGAGACAUCGGGCCAAAACUUGGAAUUAAUGGAAAUGAUAAUGGGUUCUUGUUGUUUGACAAAGUCAGAAUUCCAAGAAAGCAUCUUCUCAUGAGAUAUGCCAAAGUGAAGCCAGAUGGUACUUAUGUGGCCCCAGCUCAUUCCAAGCUUGGAUAUGGAACAAUGGUGUUUGUCCGUUCCAUCAUGAUCAAGGAUCAAUCUACCCAACUUGCUGCUGCUGCGACUAUUGCCACAAGAUAUGCAUCGGUUAGAAGGCAAGGAGAGAUUACUCCAGGAAAAGGAGAAGUCCAAAUCCUGGACUAUCAAACUCAACAAUUCCGUGUCUUCCCACAAUUGGCUCGUGCAUUCGCAUUCAUGGCUGCAGCUACUGAAAUCCGUGAUUUGUACAUGACUGUCACGGAGCAACUAACUCAUGGAAAUACUGAACUUCUUGCUGAGCUUCACGUUUUGUCGUCUGGACUGAAGUCUGUGGUCUCUUGGGAUACUGCUCAAGGAAUUGAGCAGUGCAGAUUGGCUUGUGGUGGUCAUGGAUAUUCCCAAGCUUCUGGUUUUCCAGAAAUUUACGGAUAUGCUGUCGGAGGUUGUACAUAUGAAGGAGAGAAUCUUGUUAUGCUUCUUCAAGUUGCAAGAUUCCUUAUGCGUGCUGCUGAAGAAGUUAGAAAAGGAACUGCUAAAUUAGCUGAUAUUGGAGCGUAUAUUGGUAGAACUGGAGCGAAAUCUUCUCGACUGACCACUCAUCACCAUUAUACUGAUGCUCAACUUGUUGAAGACUUGGAACAUGCUGCCAGAAAACAAGUCUUCCGUGCCUAUGAUCGUUUGAAGAAAGCACAACAACAUUUGAAUCCAGAAGAUGCUUGGAAUUCAGUUUCAGUGGAACUCGCUAAGGCUUCUAGAUGGCAUGUCCGUGUUUACCUUGUCAAGAAUUUCUUGCAUAAGGUCUCAUUGGCUCCACAAGACCUGAAAUUUGUUCUGGUAGAUGUUGCGAGACUCUAUGCUUAUGAUAUUAUCACUUCUUCAAUUGGAGCAUUUUUGGAGGACGGAUACAUGACAUCUAAUCAGAUGAAUGAGAUCAAAGAGGGAAUUUAUGAAUGCUUGGCUAAGAUCCGUCCAAAUGCAGUUAGUCUGGUGGACAGUUGGGAUUACGACGACAAGGAGUUGAAGUCAGUUCUAGGAAGACGUGAUGGAAAUGUGUAUCCAGCACUUCUCGAAUGGGCUCAAAACAGUCAACUCAACAAGGCCGAAGUAUUACCAUCACACACAAAGUAUCUUGGUCCAAUGAUGAAAGAUGCUCGUUCGAAGUUGUAA